AUGACUUCUCCUAUACCAAAUAUCCCCAUUAUUUUUCCACCUUCAUUUCUUCUUAUUUUACUCUUCUUUGCUUUCGUUGGGGUUCCACCGGUGGUAGCAAAGGCUGCACCUUUUUUGGUUCUUGUGUUUGUUGUGUCUUUCAGGUUGGAUGAGGAGGUCAAGAGGCGCUUCUGGGAAGGGUUGGAUGAGAUUGUGUGUAUUAUUCCACCUGCUGAGAGGUUAUUUAUAGGAGAGGAUUUUAAUAGUCAUAUUGGGUCGACUGCAGACGGCUAUGGCGAGGUGCAUGGUGACUUUGGUUUUGGGGAUAAGAAUGCAGGAGGAACUUCACUGUUGGAUUUCACAAGGGCAUUUGAGUUGGUGAUUGCUAACUCUAGUUUUCCAAAGAGGGAGGAGCAUUCGGUUAUUUUUUAG